GGACAAUAUCACGUGAUCGGUUCAAGAAAUAUGAAGGAACAAGGAACGAUUGUUUGGAUGAGAGGGACCGGGCUCGAACGGGGGUCUUCACUUGGCAGAUAAGUUAUUCAUAAAACUGUUCCUUUACAACGAUUCAGUUUAUCGGGCGUGGGCUCGUGUUGUUCUGCGCACUGUGGUGUACAUUCUCCAUGAGGUUCACUUAAGAUAGUCCUACAAAGAACAUGCAAGCAGAGUAGGCUACAUAUUUAAAAAAAAUGGAAAGAAAUUUAAGAAAUGACAAAAGGCAGAAUAUAUAGGCAGUUAUAUGAACACUGCGCGGAUUGCUAGUCGUGCAGCGUACUUGUUCUUGCACGUAGGAAAGUGUGGCCUACGCCACCCCUGUCCACCCCAAAAUGAUAUUCAAAUGACUACAAUUCCCAGAAUUCUGUACUGUAAAUAGACACCAGGCUUACUCUUCUGCAGAAACGAAUGAGACGGAACUGGAGUGAAAGAAGUUAUGGGUGCGCGGUAGUACCCUUAGAAAACCAUCUACACUGAAAACACCAAACGAACAUAGGUUAUGGCUCCAAGUAAACAGGAUUUUUCGCUGAAAAGAUCCAGCGGAGCUAGGAGUGGCUCAGUGCUAAAUUUGAGAACGCCGGUGAACUCGCUCCCUUUGCGGCGGAGCUCAGCGGUCUUGCCCUCGGUGCUGACGUUUGCAGUGAUCGUGGCGUCCGGAGGCCUGUUGCUUAUGAUAGAGAAAGGACUAUUGAACAGCGUGGACACCCCUCCGCCUCGAGGAAAUGGCAAGAAAAUCGAUUACCUCAGCCCAUCCAGGCAUCAAAGUUCUGCCGCGGACGCCGAAUCUCAGAUCAUGCAAGACAUCCGGAACCGCACGAUAUGGACGGUGUGCGGGCAGAAGAACAUGCCGCACAGCGUGUGGUCGCUCAGCGCCGUCCAGAGGAAGACGCUGCUGCAGCACAUCCUGGUGAACGACGAGCACCGCUUCCUGUACUGCUACGUGCCCAAAGUGGCCUGCUCCAACUGGAAGCGCGUGCUGAAGGUGCUGAGCGGCGCCCUGGAGAGCGUGCACGUCAAGCUCAAGAUGGACCACAAGAGCGACCUGCUCUUCCUGGCGGACCUGAAGCCGCAGGAGAUCCGCUACCGUCUCAAGCACUACUUCAAGUUCCUGUUCGUGCGCGACCCCAUGGAACGGCUGCUGUCCGCCUACAGGAACAAGUUUGGCGAGAUCGAGGCGUACCAGAGGAAGUACGGCGCGGAGAUUGUGCGGCGCUACAGGAAGAACCCGGGCAAGGCGAUGGGGGACGACGUGACUUUCGCGGAGUUUGUGCGCUACCUGCUGGACGAGGACGUGGAGCGCAUGAACGAGCACUGGAUGCCCGUGUACAACCUGUGCCAGCCCUGCGCCGUGUCCUACGACUUCAUUGGCUCGUACGAGCGGCUGCAGGCGGACGCUCGCUUCGUGCUGCAGCGCGUGUCGGCUCCGCCCCACGUGCAGUUUCCAGAGCGACAGGCCUGGUACAGCCCGGUGACCCCCCAGACUCUGCAGUACUACCUCUGCAGCCUCCCCCCCCCUCUGCUCUCUGAACUCCUCCCCAAAUACAUCCUGGACUUCUCCCUCUUCAGCUAUCCACUGCCAAACACCACCAGCCAGCACUGCCGCCAGUAGUGCCCCCAUUUUAUACUUUUAUUAUAAAGGCCGAGUUGCCUUAUUUUUAUAUGGAGAGAAAUGUAGUCGUAUUUCCUUACAGGACUGGGGUUCAUGGCCAAAUGACAACAGGAGGGUGACACCACUGUGAGGCACAGGAAUGCAUUAUGGGAUAUCUGUAAUGGUUCUGUGAUGUAUUAAGGGAUGUCUGUAAUGGUUCUGUGAUGUAUUAUAGGAUAUCUGUAAUGGUUCUGUGAUGCAUUAUGGGAUGUCUGUAAUGGUUCUGUGAUGCAUUAUGGGAUGUCUGUAAUGGUUCUGUGAUGCAUUAUGGGAUGUCUGUAAUGGUUCUGUGAUGCAUUAUGGCAGCACAACCCUGUUCCUGGAGAUCUACCGUCCUGUAGGUUUUCAUUCCAGUCCUAACAAAGCACCUCAUUCAGCAGCUUGAGAUCGCAUCAAGCUGCUUAUCACUUGAGUCAGGUGUGCUUUGCUAGGGUUGGAGUGUAAACCUGCAGGUUGGUAGACCUCCAGGAACAGGGUUGGGCAGCCCUGCAUUAUGGGAUGCCUUUACCGAUGCUUUGGCCCUGUUCCUGAAACAAACGUCAAACUCUGGUUUCACCCACAAAAGGAAAUUAAAGCUCAAUUCUGUAA